AUGGACUGUCGUUAUAAUUUCGUAAAAGAGAAAAUAAAGGAAAGAUUAUCUGUUGGAUGUGACGACGCAUUUUAUGUUCUGUCGAUUGAUGAUGUUCGAUUAAAAUACAAAAAGUGGAUUGAAAAACUUCCUCGUGUUACUCCGUUUUAUGCCGUUAAAUGCAAUGACGAUGAGAGAGUUUUGAGUGAGUUGGAAAGACUUGGAGCUGGAUUUGAUUGUGCAUCGAAGAAAGAAAUUAAGCAGAUUUUAAACCUGGGAGUUGAUGAGAAGAGAAUUAUUUAUGCACACACAAUGAAACAAGAGUCACACUUGAAAUAUGCUGCAGAAAAUCACGUGAUGAAAAUGACAUUUGAUAGCUCUGAAGAACUUAAGAAGAUUAAGAGAAUUCAUCCAAAUGCAAAAGUUGUGCUUCGGAUUCGAUUCGAUGCGGGAACUUCAAUUAUUUGUUUAGGAGAGAAAUUUGGCUGUGAUCCAAUAGUGGAAGCACCGCAGCUUAUUAGAAUGUGCAAAGAUGAAGGAAUGAACUUGAUUGGAAUCUGUUUUCAUGUUGGAUCGGGAACAGAUGAUUACGAAAUAUUUGAGAAGGCAUUAGCUGCAGUCAAGCAACUAUUUGAUGUUGCUGGUAACAUAGGAUUCAAAUUAAAAUUAGUCGACAUUGGUGGAGGAUUCGUAGGAACUGACAUCAAAUUACUUGAUAAUUAUGCAAAUCCAAUUAACAAUGGAUUAGAAAAAUAUUUCCCAGAUAAUUCUGUUUCAAUCAUUUCAGAGCCGGGUCGAUAUUUUGUUGAUUCAGCCUUUACUCUUGCAGUUCAAAUUACAAUGAAGAAAACGGCUCCCGAUGGUCACAUUCAUUAUUACACCAAUGAUGGAAUUUACAUGUCAUUUCUCAUCAGUUUUAUUUAUGAAGAACAUUUAAAAUUUGAUGUUAUCAAAAUUGAUGGAUCAAAGUGUGAAACUAAAGAAAAAAUGGCAACAGUUUGGGGAACAUCAUGCAAUUCAAAAGAUGUGAUCAUCAGGAAUAAAAUUAUACCGGAAUUGAUUAAUCAACCAAAAACUCUCUCAAAAAUGUCUCGCAAAUUCUGUGUUGGAGGAAAUUGGAAGAUGAAUGGUUCAAAGGAAUCAAUCACUGAACUUGCCAAAAUUCUCUCCACUGGUCCUUUGGAUCCAAAUGUUGAGAUAGUUCUUGGUUGUCCAUCAGUUUAUAUUUCAUUCGCUCGAGGACUUCUUCCUGCCUCAAUCAAUGUUGCUGGUCAAAAUGCUUAUAAAGUUAAAUCUGGAGCAUUUACUGGUGAAGUGUCUCCAGCAAUGUUGAAAGAUGUUGGCGCUGAUUGGGUUAUCAUUGGACACUCUGAACGUCGUCAAAUCUUUGGUGAAAGUGAUGAAUUGAUUGCUGAAAAGACUGCUUUCGCCCUUGCUGAAGGUAUGAAGGUCAUUGCGUGUAUUGGCGAGACACUGCAAGAACGUGAAGCUGGACAAACUGAAGCUGUUGUCUUCCGUCAAAUGAAAGCAAUCGCUGCUCAAGUUAAAGACUGGACCAACGUUGUUGUUGCAUACGAGCCAGUCUGGGCAAUUGGUACUGGAAAGACAGCAACACCAGCACAAGCACAAGAAGUUCAUGCUGCUUUAAGAAAGUGGCUCGUUGAAAAUGUUUCACCAGCAGUUUCUGCUUCCUUGAGAAUCCAAUACGGUGGUUCUGUUACUGCUGCCAAUGCUCGUGAAUUAGCAUCACAACCUGACAUUGAUGGAUUCCUUGUUGGCGGUGCCUCUUUGAAACCUGAAUUUGUGCAAAUCAUUGAUGUCUCGAAACCAAAAAUGAAGCCACCUCGUCUUUGCCAAGUUUGUGAGCGUGUUUCGUUUCUUAAAUGCAUGGAAUGUGAUACCAUUUAUUGUUCUUCAAAAUGUCAAAUCGAAGAUUGGGAAGUACAUCAAUAUCAACAUAUUUCAGCUUCAAAAAAGAAUUUAAGUAAGAGUUUGCCUUUACCCUCAUCGCAACCUAAGCCGACUCAGCGAAGUAGCGUUCAAAGUCGUAUAACGUCGAUUCAAAAAGUUGACUUAAAUCGAUUGGAAAAGUCACCAUUGGGAACAAUUAAUAAGACUCAGCCAUUGCAAUUGCCUCCAAAAACCAACUACAAAGAACUACAACCAGUAACAACAGCUAAGAUAGUUGAUCAUGAAAUAAAUGAAAAAAAGACAAAAAUUAAUAACUUAAUUAACCAAACAAUCGAUAGAAUGCAAAUUGAACGAAAAUUUGCAUACAAAUUUCCAUGGAAUGAAAAGUUCCAAGAUGCAAAUGGCUUUUUUAAGGUGUUUAUAACUGAAAUAGUUCAAAAAUAUGACAAAUCUUUCAUAUAUUGGGUUGUUCUUGAUGAUCUCAUGAACCUUUACAAAUCAGCUCGACAUGCUUUUAACAAAACUUAUGAUUCGGAUUUGUCGAUCUUCAUUCCACGCGAUGAUUUAGAAAAAUUCAAGAUGCAUUUGGUAAUGGUAAAAGUUGAAGGAAAUUGGCUUCGUUGCAGAAUUUGUAACAUCAAUAAAGAUGACAAAUGCAUAACUUUAGAGGAUAUUGAUAGUGGCAAGAAGCAUAUAACAACAAUUCGCGACGAAAAGCAAUUUAAAGUUCCAAUGGAAAAGGAAAUUUCCACUUCUGCCUUUGCAUCGCCAAUGCUGUUUGAAAAUGUUUCAAUUGCCAACGAUAUCAAUGUAGGUGAUAUUAUAAAAAUUCGUAAAACUGUUGAAAGCACUUUCGGCGAAGAAGUUGCCGAAGUUGAAAUUGGGGUAGAAUCUAAACCUGAAGUUGAUCGCAUCUUUAUCGACAACUUUCAUUCAAAAGAACUUCAAACUGGUGAUCGUGUUAAAAUUCAAUAUUGCGACUGUAGCAAGCUAUCGAAAGGAAAACUUCACAUCACUGAAUCACAAAAGGAAAAUUGGGCUUUCUAUAAAAAAUUAGAAAAAGAAAUCAAAGAGUUUGUUGAAAAUAAUCCACCAAACGGAAAUUAUCGACCAGUUGAACGUGAGAUGUUACUGGCAAAAUAUACCGACGGAUGUUAUUAUCGUUGCUUUUGCAUUUCUCUUUCUGGUGACAAGGCAAACAUUUUAUUCAUCGAUUAUGGAUCAAGUCACGUUGCUGGUUUUGAUGAAAUUUUGCCUCUUCCUAAGUCACUUUCAUAUCCCAGUUGGUCGCACACCGUCGAAGUCAAAUUCCCAACAAAUCGACCAUUCAUUGACAUUGAUGUUAUUGAAACUUAUGCUUUGUUGGAAUCCAAAACUGAAUUCUACGUAAAAGUAGAAAAAAUUUCGAAAACUUCAAGCAAAUAUGCAAUAACUUUAGACGAUUCUCUCGUUGUUUAUAAGAAAACUUAAGCAGGAAAUUCAUUUUUUCCUUUAACUUUCUUCUUUCUUCCUAAUACUUAUCUCAUGAACUUUAUUAUUAAUCAUUGAAACUGGUUUAUUCAUAUUCAAAUAAAAGAAUUUUUUCGUUCUAAAAGG